CACUUCGAACUGCAGUCACAACAGAAUGCGCAACAGUUGCGUUUAAACGAAAGAUAGAGAAAGAUGUAUCGUCGUUGAGUUUAUUGGUUCGACAGCGAUUAAAAAGUUCUCGAAUUGUCGGUGUUCGACCCGUAGUAGUAUACCCACGUGCACCGAAUCAAACUCCAACGGGACGACCGCGAGAAUGGUUGAACACGAAUGUAAAACGUCGGGGAUGCUCGAGCUACCCGAUACGACCGAUGAAAAUGCAAAGCCCGUCGAGGAAGAAGGUACCACGAACGAAAUUCAGUUUCAACGUUUCUUCAAGUUGUCCGAGAAACGCAUCUCGCUAGGCAUCAACAUCAGCAUCCUGAUUAUACUAACGAUAUUCGGUGUGCUGCUAUCCUUGCCCCUGCGAAUGUUGCUCAACACGAAUUACUAUUGUCGAAAUCAAACGGUUAGUGGAAACGACACGACGAAAGCAACGGAAAACGCGACGACCACCGAGAUGAUAGCGGUCCCGAUAAACUAUCGGAAACUGAAGCUCUGUCCAAAAUUCCAGUACAAGGACUAUAUCCAAUCCAUUUUCCGCAACUAUUACGAUAGGAACUGUUCUUACGCGCGAUUCAACGUCACCGACGAUUCGAUUAAAGAUCAAAAAGAGGAUACGAACGGAACGAUUGGCGACACAGGCGAAACGUCGAUGAUUACGAAGGACGAUAUCGGAGAAAACUUGACAGAAAGCACGGAAGAAAGUGGCAAAGAUCGUCGAACGAAGUCCGUUCCAGUGGCAGGGCAUAUUCUCGUGACGAUGCUUCUCAUUUCAGCGAUAGCUGCUCUUAUUGAAGUGUUGCGAAUACGUUUCGCUAGAGAUAAGGACUCGUCUAAGGCAGGUAAUGCCAGUUCAAGAAAAGCUUCCACGGUCGAACUUCCCGUUCGGAGCCGCUUUUUUCCGAGGCAACCGAUGAACAGUCAGAGGUCCUUUGAAAUGCAAGGCAUGCACCGACCCGCUUUACGCCUAUUAGGUGCGAGACCACCGCCGCUUAUACGCCGCUCGUCAUUCCCAACGCAACCGUCUAAGCAAAACAUUGUUUCGGUGACCGGCACUCCGAAUAAUCGGAUGUCACGACGCCAAUCAGCCGAGUCCGAUGAAGAAAUCGGAGUUCUCAUUAAUGCUCUCCAUCACCGCACACGGCUGAUUCGACGACACUAAGUAAGGCCAAUCAACUGAAUUUUUUGAAACUUCAUUCGCGUUAACACUAACAGGGUACGUGUCUCAAACUGCAUGGUCUUACGCAUCGCACAACGGUCAUGUUCACGACAAUUUUUAAACAACUCUUAUUACUUUGUGAACCCACCAUCCAAAAGGACUUCUAUGAACAAAAGCUGUUUCUUCCAGUUCGUAUUUUACAACUCCUCAACUUACUAGCAACUUUGCAUCAAUAAUGAACCUUCCCGCUGCUAAGCUACGCAACAAAUUUGCUCACUGUUCAUCACAGUUUUACUCAUUUUUAUUUCCCAAGAGGUGAUGCGACUGUAGAACAUGUUUAUGUUAAUAGACGAUAAACUGUAUUCAAAAAUGAUACAACAUACAACAUACAAAUGAUUGAAAGUACUCAAAGAUGAAUGUAUUUUUGAAAGUGUUAUAAAUUAUUUAAAGCGUAUUUUCUUAAAAAUACUCCUAUCUCUC